AUGUUCAUUUCUGCACGCUCCCUUUUGUGUGCUAUUUCGCUCGCUUCGGCGGCUAAUGCCCUUGUUUACCGCCCUGCUAACGGUAACUACCGCCGUCAGGCCUCUUCGGCCGCUGCGGGUCCUACCUCCGUUGCUGGUGACGUCGCUGCCUCGGUUAGCGCGCAGGCUGCUCAGGCUAGCUCGUCGACUCCCUCGCCGCCUUUCCAGUACGGCAACCCCUCGCCUGACUACCCUGGCGUUGUUGCGACUAACCCGAACGGCCCGACCAACCCCGACAAGCCAACUGUCAACACUCCGAUCAACCAGACCUCGACUGCUCGUCUGGCUUCGAUCAACAGCAUCGAUGACUGGUGCACAUUCGGCCCGCUUGACAUGGGUACGAAGGUUGCCAAUCAGGAGGAGCGUGUCGUGGCGUGGUGCACCAAGCCGCGUAACAACGCUCGCGUGAUUCCUGAUGGCACUGUCAUGGGUGCUCACUUCGUGAAGACCCCUCUGUACGUUCAGGUUAUGGCCCUUGGUGACUUUACCAAGAUCGGUGUCCAGCCGGGUGAUACUGGUGGUGAGCUGGACCCACACGGUCAGUUCGGUACGGGUAACCCCGCUGGUGGCAACGUUACCUCGAACGUCAGUGGCAAGGACGUGUUCUACCAGGAGUGGAUGAACUACAUCGGCCACGACAUUAUGUGCUUCCGUGUCUGCAUUGCCGGUUCGGACCAGGCUACGCCUGCGACAGAGUGCCAGCACACGCUGGACGAAAUGGGCUGCCAGUGGGUCAUGCCCGGUGACUACACCUCAGGUGUUUUCGAUACUUGCGAUGCUGACCCUGCCUACCCGCCGGGUAUCUUUAUUGAGAACGGCUCGACUUCGUCGUUCGAGCAGUACGGUACUGGUCUCUGGACCCUGAACGGACAGCGCAUGACUUACACGAACGGCAAGUCUGGCCAGUCGACUCCUCAGAUUGCCCAGUCGCUGCCGAAGUCGUCGAACUGUAUGACCACAAGCUCGAUCAUGAACGGCAUUGCCUCGAUCCAGCCUGCCACUUCGUCGGCUGCCCCGUCCUCGGGCAAGAAGAGCUCUGGCUCGGACAGCAACAGCGACUCGAACAGCAGCUCGAAGAGCAACUCGGGCAGUGGUUCGGGUGGCGGCUCCAGCAGCGGUGCUAACGCUGUCUCGUACUCGCUGGGUUCGAUUUUGAUGGCUGCUGCCGGUCUGGUUGCUGCCUUUGCCAUGUAA